GUUGUAAUUUGUAUAAAGAUUUGCUGUUCAUCGAAUCGAAAAAGGUAGCAGUUGUGCUAAAACUAAAAAGCUGCUAUAAUAGAUAGCGAAAUUCAUCUACGUGUGCGUGAUGUUGUUCUUGAUGGUAUAAAGCAUUCACCAUGACCACGACGAGCUCGAGUCGCAGCAAAAAAUGAAGCCUUCACCGGUCGCAUCACGUUGUCGUUGGUAGUGGUGAUUUUUUCGCACCAUAAAUUGGAAAAACAAUUGGUUGGAGGAGGCAGCUUCCGGGAACAAGGUACGUCCACUACGAACAGAAAACAACACCAGAUUUCCGCCCAAAAACGAACGUGAUUUUUUUGACUUUCCUGACUCAGCCGCCCACGGAGCGUGAUAGAUGUACUUUCUUCUGAGAAUUUUUUUCUUGGUAGCUCUAUUUAUACAAUCACAGGAAGUGCUUAUUGUCGGGAGAAGGCAUAGGGAAGGGGAAGGAAAGCGUAGAGAUCAUAUGUCAAUCAAUCUAUAAUUCUUUUUCGUAAGCUGUCAACAUCUUUUUCGCUUCCCGCCCUCUUCUCCGUCUUACUUCCCGCGUGACACGAAAGCUAUGGAGCCGAUUUGCUAGGCGGAAAAAAACAUUUUGCGCGCGAAGCCAAUAGCUAUUUACUUUUCAUUUAUUUUUGCGGAAACGGAAUCGGAAUAAAAAUAAAUAUAAGAAGUGCGAUGAAGCUGUAGAAAAAGAUCUGCCGCUUAAAGAAGCUCACGGUAGGGCAGUACAUCAGAGAUGAACGAUGUAGAUUGAACCGCUGCGAAAGCUCUCAACGUCUUCACAGCAGCACAACCAGAAAAACCAAAAAAGCAAAAAGCAAAUCCUUCUUUCCUUCGAAUGCAGAUGCAAUUUCUUCUAUUUGCGGUGUUGUUCGGGUUCAAAGCAAUCAUCUUCCAAUGAUUCGCUGAGAUCCUAACACUGUCGUAAAUAUAGAAAAUGGAUGCAGUCCGUCAAAGGGGACACCACCAACAUCAUCAUAAAAUGGAUGACUCGCGGUUGGUGGGCUUCGAUCCUGCAAUGGGAAUGGUCAUUCGCUCAGGAGCCAAAUAAAAGUUUAUGUUUAUUUAUUACAAGAACGCAGAGGGGGUUUUACAUCACGCACAUAAGUGCAGCCCCAGCGUAACUGAAGGUAGUCUAGAUCAGGGCGAGCGGCGUUCUACAGAUUUCAUUUCCAAACUCUGGGCUUUUUUUCAGGAAGAUGCGGAUUGCUACCAUUGGGUCUUGUUUUUCAAACGUAGGCCAUUGUUCUUUAUUUAUUUCACUGUUCGCGCGACGUUGCAGUAGCCCUAGCCUUACCGUUUACGAGAAGUGCGCCGGAAAGCCUGAUCGCACAGGCAACGCGGCAGCGCAUUACUUUUGCCACAAUGACAAUGUACGUAGAAAAACGAGCUAGAUCCUGCUUGAUCUCAGGGCUGAUGAUAUUAUAAAAAUUUGGAAGAUCGCUAGCAAACCCUUAGUCAAGAACAGGAGGUUUUUGGCUCACUCUGAAUCAAUGAUUCGCACGUUGCACCAAGACGGCAACUGGCAUAGAAAACAAACAACUGAUAUCAGAAAAGGAAUUACCACCAAGGAGGACGCAAUGUUCAUGCUUCUGUUGGAAGCAUGUGCAUGCAGAUGCACGUAAAUGACGAGCGUUUAGGUCCAGAUCGUUUUUAGUUCUUCUCACGGAUAAUAAACCCAUUUCGCUUCGACAACGAGGCUUCAUAAUGUACCACGCUCGUCAUUUUCUUUUUUUUAUUUCUUCUUUAAUUGUUCUUGCUAUGAGUAUGAAUAUGCUUUUUCUUUUGGAAAGUGGUCAUGGGUGAGGGUGAGGCCCCAUCAUGUAGAUGACGCCAUCAAUCAGGCUUGCUCGAUGAGUACGUAUUUAUGGAAACAGAUAAGUUGCAGUUGGAGAAUUAGUUGAGAACCCCUUUGGCUCUAAUACGUACAGGGGACGUUCACGUUGGUGAAAUGACAUGAAAUCGAUAUUGUCGGUUUCAUGAAGUUUGCAAGUGACAACGAUAACGAAUUCUCCUCAUCGACGACUUUUUUCGUUUUGCCUUUUCUUUUGCCUGGCUCGCCUUGGCAGCUACUGGUACUGCCAAAGAAGUGAAGAAGUAGAAGUUGUAGCAGCUUGCGGUAAGUUGUCUUUUCUUUUAUUUUGGAGUAGGCGGCCUGUCUAGUGCUUACUCCUCUUUAGUUUGUUGUUUUUGUUGCUUGUUUUUGAAGAUCUCACAUCCAAUCACUCAGUUACAAUUGUAGUGGAGCUACACAAACACUGCUUGUAGAACGAUACGACUGAGAAUACAAAAAAAAACGCAAGUGCAAGUGGUAUCAAAAAUUAUAUUUGUUAAUAGCAUUUAGAGUCUUUCCGUUCUCUUAUUCUGAGUCGGGUGCUAUUAACUUUAUACAAAAAUCGUGCGAGGGAACCCCUGUCUGCUUCCUGCAGUCUUGCGCAAAGCAAAAAAGGGGUCGCCAGUUGUGCAUGCUUUUGCGUGUCGCAAAGAAUACCGAAGGACAGUUCGCAAAACCAAGUUGUAUAAUCGUGAUGCGCG